AUGGGGCUUUGGCGGGGAGAUACUGCCAGUACACCCUUGUCCAUCAGACCGUACAAGCCAUCCAAUCCCAAUGGACCUUUCCCGUAUUCAGCUACAGACAUGACACCCAUGGAACCAGGAAACGACAGCUCUUUCUAUGGCGUUCCACGUUUCGUCACACAUAUCGAUGACAAUGCCAUCCACAACCUUCGACGAUACUAUUUAGACAUCCUCCCUAGGAAAGGAAGAAUCCUCGACUUCUGCUCCAGCUGGGUUUCGCAUUAUCCGUCCGAGGUAGAAACGGCCGGGAAAUCAGGAGAGCUUGAGAUCCUGGGCACCGGCAUGAAUAAGGCUGAGAUGAGCAAGAAUCCAGUGUUCAAGGCUUGGUCUAUUCAGGAUCUAAACGAGGAUCCUAAUGUACGACUUCCAGAGAUAGAACCGCAGAAUUCCGAGAAGAAACUGGAUGCGUCGACUUGCGUGGUAUCUAUCGAUUAUCUUAGCAAGCCUGUGGAGGUCCUGGCUAGUAUUAGACGGCAAACCAACGUUGGUGGGAAAGUUCACCUCGUGAUAUCGAAUCGAUGCUUCCCAACGAAAGUCGUGGGGCGAUGGCUUAGGACGAGCGAGGAUGAGCGGCUGGAAAUGGUUGGUGACUAUUUGUGGUGGAGCGGGUGGCGAGACAUCGAGAUUGUCUCCGUUGUCGAAGCUGCUUGGAUGAAGGAUCCACUCUGGGUGGUGAGAGCAACGAAUGUUUCAGAGCAUGACACUGGUUGA